AUGUCUACCCCUCGCUCUGCAUCCACCAAUCAUGUUCAUCACGUGGAGCACAUUGAACUAGUAGACGAGGUGAUUCAUACACAACCAUUAAUAUCCAUGAAUCAAAAUAAUAAUUAUUCAAAUGGUCAAUCUCCUUCAUUCCGAGAAUCCACUCUUGACCUGUCGGAGAUGAAUCGAAGCACCACCACCAAUUCAUCAUCAACAAGGAAUAGAUCUAUUCCAACAACAACAACAACCAACACCUCUAUUCCCACCUCAACAACAAGAAAUCCCUCACAUUCAUUCAUUCACUUCCCUUCCAUUCGAACAUUGAACAACCUCUCGUCGGAAUCGAGCGUUGUCGUUCCAUCCUCCUCAUUGACUCAUACCUUUCGGCCAUUUGAAUCAUCACCCUCCUCGCAACCACAAGAUCACUUUUUGAAUUCUGUUCUAUUGUUCAACAAUUCUCCUCCAUCUUCCAUGAUGGAAGUCCACACAGAACUUCCGACUAAUCUUUAUUGGGAAAAUUUUCAAAAUUUAAUUCCGAAUGAUUGUCUGCUCAUCAUUGCAAGUUUUCUCGACGAUUCCUUCACUCUCGCUUCCUUACCUCACACAUGCUCGAUGUGGUAUAAUUACCUUAAUUAUCAACCUCUUUUUUAUUCUCAACUUUAUUCCAUCAAAAUUCGAGAAUUACGUGAGUUUUAUUUGAAAGAUUUUGAUUUACAAGUUCAGGAACGAGUGUGCCGUCGACGAUUGAAAGCCAUUAUGGAUUUGCAACAACAUUAUCAACAGAAUAGAUUAUCUCUUCGAAGUGGACUUGAAAAUAAUACUUUGACAAGUGAUCCUUUGAUAUUUUCGAGAAAUUAUUCACAACAACCACAGCAUCAUCACUCUCAUGAAUUAAUUUCCAUUCAGAAUGAUACUCAUGACUUGCCACCAACAAGAAUGACCCUAUUAGAAGGAUCUUUACAUUCUUCAUCAUCGUCUCAACUCGUCGUGCAUUCUCCAAUCAUGAUGACGUCGGAUAUGACAAGUUUCAAUCGGAAUGAACAUUCCAAUCAAUUACGAUUAACGACUGAAUCAAAUGCUCUUGAUUUUCAUCAAAAUCUUGUCAUGAGUGAAGAAGAAUUCGAAGUAUUAAAUACACAUUCAUCCUUUUCAGAGAAUUCGACGGCAUCACAAACUUCAAAUUCUUCCUUUUUUGAUCUCAUGGAUCAAACACAGCAUCUCAUUCCUCCUUCUGUGUUUCGAAAAGUCAGAUUAUUGAACAUGGAAAAUGUAUUGAACAAUACGACCACUUCACCCAUCAUUACAAAUUCCAGAAAUAGUCCGAGCAUUAAUUCUACCGAAUUCGAAAUGCCUCAUGACCAAACCUUACCUCAAUCCACCAUCACCACCAAACCACAACCACAACCACAACCACUGCAAUCACUACAACCACAACAGUCACAACAUUUGCGUCACAAUCCUUCCUUCCAACCUCCCCAACCCUCCUCUUUCCACAUUUUCGAAAAAGAUUGCUAUCUCGAACUCCUUCGAAUGGAAUACAUGGUCCGUCAACACGGUCGUGACAUUCUCUCGAAACGACGAAUGGGUGGUGGCGGAAACUCCGAAAAGUCCGAUCUCCCUGCCGUUCCUCUUCCCGAACAACUCCUACUCGAGGCAUUGGAUGCACGAUUGCGAUGGCACUUUUUUUCUCGCCAUGCCCAUCACAAAAGAUAUGGAUCUAUCAUUAGUGUUGGAUGUGCUUGUUGUAAUUUGAUUUCACUCGCUGCGUUGUGUUUGUAUGUGAUUUUGUGUGCUGCUUUGAUUGCUUCUAAUCUUUCCAUUCCUCUGAGUAUGCCUUGGAGUGUUGCAAUGAUUCCAGUGUUUCUUGUGGAAGUGUUGAUUGUCAUGGUGAUUGGAGUUGUGUUGGUGGUGUGGUUCAAGUUGGAAUGUCAGGUGUCACAUUCGAAUUUUCAACGAUUGAUUUAUGUGGUGUUUCAUGUGAUGGUGGUUGUUGGAGUCAUUCUUUUGAUUAUGCAUCAUGUGAGUGUAUUGAAAAUUCAGGAAAAUGUGACAUUUGGAUAUGCAACUCUAUUUCUCAUUCCAAUUCCAAUGAUUGUUUUACCCUUGUUGGCCAUUACAGCAAAUUAUUUAAUGAAAAAACAAGAAUUCAAGUAUGAUGUCAUGUAA